UCCUGCACCUUCUCUGUACCCUGGUGAUUGCUUCUCUCUUGCCCUUGGAACCCCACGUUUUCUGCUCAUCUGUGGAGCUGUGAUCUGUCCUGGUUGUGACAGUUGUAGGAAGGACUCAGGGAGACUCAGAAAACCUAGAAAUGGACUCCGUGGCUUUGGAGGAUAUUAACAUGAAGUUCACCAUGGAGGAGUGGGCCAUCCUGAAUCCAACCCAGAAGAAACUGUACAGAGAUGUGAUGCAGGAAACCUUCAGGAACCUGGCUUCCGUAGCAUGUAUUUUAGAAGAAAAAUGGGAAGACCAUGACAGUGAAGAUCAGUAUGAAAAACAGGGGACAAAUCCUAGCCACACAAGAUCGCUCACUGGACCCAAACUAUACCAGUGUCGGGAAUAUGAAGAGGAGCCUUAUAAAUGUAAGGAAUGUGGGAAGACUUUCAAGCGUCGCAGAUAUGUUCGAGUACAUGAAAAGAAACACAGUGCAGAAAAGCCCUAUGAAUGUACAAAAUGUGGUAAAGCCUACAGGUAUUCAAGUAACUUACAUAGACAUGCAGAAAUUCAUACUCGAGAGAAACCCUAUGAGUGUAAGAGGUGUGACAAAGCCUGGAGUACACUCACCACAUAUAAAAGACACAUGAUCAAGCACGUUAGAUGUGGCCCUUUUAAAUGUAAGGAGUGUGGGAAAGAUUUCAGUUGUCUACGAAACUUUGAAAGUCAUGAAAUGACACACAGGGGAGAAGAGCCCUAUUAUUGUAAGGAAUGUGGUAAAGCCUUCAGUUUACUCAGUUAUCUCAUAAAACAUAGAAGAUCUCAUGAUGGAAAGAAGCCUUAUAAAUGUAAGGAAUGUGCUAAAGCUUUCCGUUAUCCCAAUUUACUUAGAAAUCAUGAGAAAACCCAUAUUGCGGAGAGACCCUAUGAAUGUAAGCAAUGUGGGAAAGCCUUUAGGAGUCUCAGCUACUGUCGAAUCCAUGAAAAAACACACAGUGGAGAAAAACCCUAUAAAUGCACGGAAUGUGGUAAAGCCUUCAGUUUACUUAUAUAUCUUAGUAGACAUAAAAAAAUUCAUGAUGGAAAGAAGCCUCAUGAAUGUAAGGAAUGUGGUAAAGCUUUUCUUUAUUCCACUUUUCUUAGAAUUCAUGAAAAAACUCAUACUGAGGAGAAACCCUACCGAUGUAAGCAAUGUGGGAAAGCCUUUAGGAGUCCCAGUUACUGUCGAUUACAUGAAAAAAUACACAGUGGAGAAAAGCCCUACAAAUGUGCAAAAUGUGGUAAAGCCUUUGGUUACCCAAGUAGUUACCGUAAACAUGUGAGAACACGUUGUAGAGAUGAACCCUGUUAAUGCAAAGAAUGUGGGAAAACCUGCAUUUAUCACUCAGCUCUGCAGUCACAUGUGAUAGUGCAGAAUAGAGAUGGACCUGUAAAUGUAAGGACUGUUAGAAAGACAUGCAGGGGAGAAAAGCCCUAUGUCUCAUUUGUGAGACACAAUGGAAGACUCAUUUAUGUCUCCCAGUUUAGUAUCAAGAAUGAAAGAGCUGUCAAUGUAAAGAUUAUAGAAAAGCUUUCCAUCAUCCCACUUCUUUAGAAAACCAUGAAAGAACUCGAACCUGAGAGAAAGCCUACUAUGCACAUAAGGAAAAGGGGAGAGCCUUUCACAGACAUGUAAGAACGCACACUGGAGGCCCAUCGUGCACAUGCAAAGAACAUAGGGGAGCCUUCAGCUGUCCCAGUUGCUCGGAAAGCUGUGACAAAAACUUCAAGUAGAGAGAAUUCUAUUGACUGUAAACUGUGUAGGAAAACCUCCAUUUUGCCUCACAUCCCCACAACACCAUGUGAGAAUGUACACUGGAUAGAUACUGUAUGACUGAAAAUGAAGGCAAAGUUUUAAUAAAUACUUUCAGAGCAGCUCAAAAACUGCCCUGGGAGGAAAUCACAUUACAGUAACUACUAAAUGUAAGCCUGGUGCAAAUUAAUUCACGCACUCCCCAAAAUUCACAGCAUGGAAGAAAUACUAUAAACCUUAGACAUACACGGUCAUUAUGACUGACUCAUUCUCACAGUGAUUUUCUGUAGUAUGAAGUCCACUUAUUUUUGCAAAUAUGCACUGAGGUAAUUAAUUCUGCAGAUAACUCUGUAAGCAAGAGUUUCUAAGUUGAAUAGGUAUUUUUUCCUUCCUGUCAGUUAAUAAACACUUUGUAUUUCUAUAUUGAAGUUUGUUAGAUCCAUGAGUAAAUGGAAGUGUUUUACUAAUAUACAAGUAGGUUCAAUUUUUCUGUAAUUUUGUAAGUGUUCUGCAAAUCAAGGAACAUUUAAAAAAUGAUACUUUGGAGUUUGUUCAUACUUUCCAUCUGGCUUCCUGUAGCAAGUAUUGAAUGAAGAUGCCUUACACACAUAUAUAUAUUCUACCUUAACAGAAAAGUGCCUUUUCAUUGGCCUGAAGAGCUUCAUUCCAUUUUCUUGUCAAUAAAUGUUUUUUAAUUUUUCAAUGAUA